AUGGGAGUCGUCCAACCAGAAGGGAUGAACGGAGACACAUGCUACCAAGGAGCGCAUGACGGACUGAUUUAUCAGACUACCCCCCGAGGGAUGACCCCACGGAACGUACCAGACCCAGUAAGAAGGGAUGACCCGAUAGUAUCCCCUUCCCCUGUGGAACAGUUACUGGCCAAAAGACUGGCCGACGUUGAGGCAGUAAUGAGGCGUAUCCUGGGGAUACCAGUCCCAACCAAGAAGAGCAGACCGAAUUGUUACGCUGAUUCACCCUUUGCGGAUGAGAUCGCCCUGGCUGACAUGCCCCAGAAAUUCACUAUCCCCAACAUGAAACCAUACGACGUUACCACUGACCCGGAUGACCACAUAGCCCUAUACAAGCAGUGGAUGUUCACCGUAGCCAUACCCCGACUGCUCAGAGAAGCCUGUAUGUGCAAAAGUUUCGGUUCUAGAUUGACCGGCCCGGCGCUCCAAUGGUACACGAACCUCCCGAACGGGUCCAUCGAUUCAUUCGCCCAACUUACUGACACCUUUGUGGAACAGUUCGCCAGCAGCAAGAAGCUAGAGAAGUUGUCGGCCGACUUGUACCGAGUAUACCAACGAAGGGGGGAACCAUUAAGAGAGUAUGUUAGCAGAUUCAACAAAGAGAAGAUCACUAUUCCCUCAUGUAACCCCGAGACUGCUGUGGACGCUUUCAAAAAAGGCCUCCUACCAGAUAGAGAACUAUACAAAGAGCUUACAAAGCUGGGCUGCACCACAAUGGAAGACGCUCUGGCCCGAGCCGUUAUCCAGAUAAGGUGGGAGGAAGAUGAGAUGAACCGAGCUGCCCAUUCCAGACACGAACCAAGGCUGAGCGACAGGAAGCUAGAGCCUAGACCGGUAGAACACCGCUACCAACCUCCAGCGCGCAAUAUGGGCAGAACCAGAAGACCAUAUGACCACCAACCCUUGAGGAAUGAUGACAGACAUUUCGGAUCGAACCAGCACAAAAUACCAGAGUACAAACUCAAUGUCGAACCAACCCAGGUUGUAGCGAUAAUGAAAGGAAUGGGAUCCACCGUCAAAUGGCCUGGCAAACUCAAUCCCGAAGCAAGGAGAGACGCAACCAAGUGGUGCGAAUUCCACAAUGAUCAAGGGCACAACACCGCGGACUGUAUCGCUUUGCGGCUCGAGGUCGCCGCGCUUCUGAAGAGGGGACAUCUCCGGGACCUACUCACUGACAAGGGGAAGAACACCAUUGGCUAG